AUGCUGCCACCGCCUGUUCCAUCGUCGGCCGAAACAACCUGGUCGGGCUCAAGUCGCAAAAGGAAGCGAAGUGAUGUGGAAAGUGCCAUUUCUUCUAGUACAUCCUCGGCGUCGCAAUUCACAAGGAGGACGAAGAAAAGGAUAGCGGAGCGCAAUGGUGGCGAGCAGUGCUGGCAUUGCGGUGCAAGGGCGCCGGAUAUUGCUCCCGUUGUCGGCAGAAAGGACGGCUCGUUCGGCGACUAUGUUGCCUCCGGUCUCUUAACAUUCGAUCAUCUUGGAGAUGAGCAAAAUGGUCUUCCUCUUUGCCCUUCGUGCCACCGAGCGUUCGACGACCUCAACAAUCCGGGGCUGAUCUUCAUUCCCAUCGACCUGGACUAUUUCAUCGAUUUUGAGCUCAAGGAUUACCAGAGUCGGAUCGAUAUUGCGCAACGGCAUGGGGACAUUCCUCCUCGAAUGGUUCCUACACCACAGAUGUAUUCAGAAUAUCUCAAGAGGCAAAACCUCUUGUCUUCUGAGGCAGUCGGCGGCCUGUACUGGCGGUACACCCUGCGAGACUUCUUCCCCGUCAACGCGGAUAGGAGCUUCAUACCAGGAUUGGGUCCCUUCAAAGAGCCAGGAGUAUGGUGUGGCGCACCGACGGCCGCACUUAGACGCGUCUUUCAUAUCUUCGGCAACCCUACCACGGAGGGAAUUCCAGAACCUCAACUAGAGCAGUUGUGGCAGCUGCGCAAGCUAUACGCUCGAAAGGUCACAUCAACAGAAUUGCAUGAAUCUGCUGGAACCGUGCGAAGUGCAGAACAAAUUGACGAGAUGAAGAAUGAUAGCCAAACUCCAAGCAAUACACCCGUAACCACCUCAUCAAUACAUCCCGUUUCAAGAGUGUCGCCAAGAGCUUGUGAGCCCAGGAACCACGAUCGAAUUUCGAAAACGACGCAAGCAAGACGGAAAUCAGCAACACUGCGGGCCCCGAGCAGCAUCCAGCUCUUGAAGUAUGGACGGGGUGCUUCCACCGAGAGCAACAUCCAGCGAUAUGUAACCAUGAUAAUGUCUAGUAAGGCCACUGGACAGAACGAGGCUUGUGAAGUCUGA